AUGAACACGUGCGCGGUGCAGGACGUGGCGACGCUGAGGCCGGCCGACCACAUCUGCAUCUGGGACACAAGUCGCUGGCCGUUCCGCUACACGCACCACGGCAUCGUGUUCGCCGCCGCCGAGAGCGCGGACGACAUCACCGUGGCCCACGUGUGGUCCCGCAAGAGCGGGCUGCGCGAGUCGCAGGCGGACUCGCGCUUCCAGCUCACGAGUCUGCGCGAGUUCCUGAACGAGCGGCCGACGCGCGACAUGCGCCGCGUGCAGUACAACUCGUCGCUCGUGGCGGAGGCCAGCUCGCUGCUGGGCGAGGUGCACCGCGCGCACGCGGACGCGCCGCCCGUGGUGCUCGCGCGCUGCCGCUUCCUGCUGGGGCUCGGCCAGGGCCACUUCAGCAUCCUGUCGCUCAACUGCGAGCACGUCGCGCUAUGGUGCACCACAGGCGUGGGCUGGUCCAAGCAGCUGCUGUCUCGGACGGAGACCAAGGUGCCGUUCCUGACCUCGUCGGCCAAGGCGGCGGAAGCGCUCGAGCGGCUGGAGGUGCAGCUGCAGGCCAUUCGAGAGGAGGCCAAGGAGAAGAACAGGAAGCUGGAGGAGCUGGCAGGGAAGAGGGUGUACCUGAGGCUGAAAGACAGCGGCAAGUUCGCCAGGAGGUUCGGCGACGCCUUGUACUUGGUGGCGGACGACCCGAGCGAGAAGGACUGGGCAUUCAGACAGAGGCCGACGAGCUUGAAGCUGGCGGUGCGAGUCUCGGCGUACAACUGCGUGCGCGUAGAGUUUGAAGACUACGAGCAGCCUGGAGAGGUCCUGUACGCGAGCACUACGGGCCUGAGACUCACGCGCCGCCGAGCGCUGCAGUUCAAGCGCUCGUUCCAGUUCGAGCUCGGAUGGGAUGGAGAGCUGCAGAGCUUGCGCCACCGCCGGUGGUUCGUCGGUGCGCAGACUCGCGAUGGACUGCUCCGGCCCUUCAACUCUCGGGACAAGGCUGCUUUGUUCGAGAUUGUUGACGCCGAUGACAUGGACGCUCAGAGCCCAGUGAUCGAGCCGUCUCCCAGCGACUCGGAGGACGAUAACACUGAGUCUCCUGCGGACCGACACAGCAGUGGAGCUCAAGUUGGGCCGGAGUCGGAAGCUGCUGAUGUAAAAGAGGAGGCAGACUCAAGCUGACAGAGGAAAUGGACGUGUACGUAUCCGCUCUCUAUCUAUUUCCUAACGCGGACAGCGGCAGUCAAGUCAACACCCGAAGUAUUUUAAUAUGUGAGUUUUGUGCAUUCUU